AUGCGCGGCCUAGUAUCGUCGCCCAAGUGCAGGGAGAGCCAGCCCAAACAUGCGGCCACCACAGGCCACCACAGGGAUGCCGCCGUGCCUGGUGGGCGGGCUGUGUGGCCGCGAGAUGUGGCCAGCACCAUGGGCGCCACACACACCAGGCAGCCCCCUUGGUGUGCUCGGCUUGCCGGACGGCUUGGGUUGCCCGGGACCAUUUGCUCCGCGGCACCGCCGAAAUCCAACCAGGGCUUUGGCCUGCCUCUCUCACCUUGUCAUGCCAUCCCAAAACAGCUUCCUCUCUGGAACGCCCUUCCCCUUUGGGACGGGUGUGACGGCCAGUUCUCGCGGCCCGGCAAAGCCACCGGCCUCGAGGUGACGGCUGCCAAUCACCAUCACAAGGCGAGCUGGCCUUGUGACCCUGGGAAGGCUGCUGCCGGCCGUCAUCACCACCAUCGCCUCCGUCAUCAGGCGUUUUCGUCGCAUACCCGAAACGGGCUGCUUGGCUGGCCAGGACUAGGACUAGGAUCAGGACCAGAGGACCACCACCACCGGGCACCUCGGAAGGGCGGGGCUGAGAGUGGAUGGGGUGGAAGGGCCUGCGUCCGAGGCGGCCGGAAACAUGCCAUCUGAAUUUUUUGCUCGGGCUUCGCUCCGGAACCUGCGGCCCCCUCGGCAGAUGCCGGGAUGCGGAUGCAUCGAGUGAUGCCUGACUUCCGACCGCCAGCUCGUCCGGGCCCGACAGCCUCGGAGGCGGUGGAGGAAGAUACCUCCCUGGCACGGAACUAGGUGGAGGAGGUACCUCGGUCCUGCGAACUCCUCGUGGUGACUCAUACUUGGACUCCUCCUAUCGCCGGGAACACUUGUCAGGGGUCUUGGCCACGCAGUACGAUGGGCCGACCUUCCAGAAGAUUACCAACGAACUUCGGGUAUCUACGCAGUAUCGAAGCUGCAGUGGUGGGCGGACAAGACUCCAUUCCUGUCUCAGGGCCCAUAUUCUGUCUGUCACAUCUCACCUCGUCUGCAUACACUUCCCUGCGAUCUAGCCAUGCCACUCUAUCUUGCAGCAGCAUACCUCUUGCAUGAGGCUUGGGCACAAAAAAA